AUGGCUGAGGCCAGGAAGCGGCGGGAGCUUCUUCCCCUGAUCUACCAGCAUCUGCUACAGGCGGGCUACGUGCGCGCGGCGCGGGAAGUGAAGGAGCAGAGUGGCCAGAAAAGUUUCCUGGCUCAGCCUGUAACCCUUCUGGACAUCUAUACUCACUGGCAACAGACGUCAGAGGUUGGCCAGAAGCGGAAGGCAGAGGAAGAUGCAGCGCUGCAGGCUAAGAAGACCCGUGUGUCCGACCCCAUUAGCAGCUCAGAGAGCUCAGAAGAGGAGGAGGAGGCAGAGGCCGGGACCGCCAAAGCCACCCCAAGACUGGCGCCCACCAACUCCUCGGUUCCGGGGGCAGUUGUGCCAUCAGGCACGAAAGAAAAAGCCAGGGCAAAGACCAAGAAGGCCGGCAAGGUGGUGAACUCCACACCGCAUCCUGCGGCUGGGAAGGCGGUGGCCCACCUUCUGUCUGGAAGGUCACCUAAGAAGUCAGCAGGGCCUUCAGCGAGUACCAUCCUGGCCUCAGAAACUGAGGAGGAGGGCAGUGUCCAGGCCCCCAGAACCACGGCCAAGCCUGGAAUGGCAUCGGCCAGCCAGGCUGACAGCUCCAGUGAGGAGACCUCCACCUCGAGCGAUGAGACAUAUGUGGAGGUGAAACCUUCAGUAAAACCACCCCAGGUCAAAACCUCACCAGCCCCUGCCAAGGACUCCCUAGGGAGAGGGGCAGCCCCAACCCCUGGGAAGGCAGGGGAUGUGACACCCCAAGUCAGAGGAGGUGCCCUGACCCUAGCCAGCAAGGCCAAGAAGCCAGAGGAGGACUCGGAGAGCAGUGAGGAGUCGUCUGAGAGUGAGGAGGGGGCCCCUUUGGAGCCGCCCCACCAGGUGAGUCCUGGGGGCAGACCACUCCUCGGCGCAAAGGCCUCGGAGAAAAUUGUCCAGACCAGGGCCGCCUCGGGCCCCAUUAAGGGGACCCCUGGGAAAGGGGCCACCCCAGCACCCCCUGGGAGGACAGGGCCUGCAGCUGCCCGGGCCAAGUCAGGGAAGCCAGAGGAGGAUUCAGAGAGUAGCAGUGAGGAGGAGUCUGACAGCGAGGAGGAGCCGCCAGCUGCCAAGACGCCACUUCAGGUGAAGCCUUCAGGGAAGACCCCCCAGGUCAAAGCUGCCGCAGCCUCUGCCAAGGAGUCCCCUAGGAAAGGGGCCCCUCCAGUGCCCCCUGGCAAGGCAGGGCCUACAGCUGCCCAGGUGCAGGUGGGGAAGGGGAAGGGGAAGGGGGAAGAAGACCCAGAGAGCAGCACUGAGGAGUCCGACAGCGAGGGGGAGGCGCCAGCAGCCGUGCCCCUAGCCACGAGCCCUGUUCAGGCAAAGCCCUUGGGGCAAAACUCCCAGGUCAGAGCAGCCUCCGGUCCCGUGAAGGGGCCCCCUCAGAAGGCAGGGCCUGCAGCCACCCAAGCAGGGAAGCAGGAGGAGGACUCAGGGAGCAGCAGCGAGGAGGAGUCAGACAGCGAGGGGGAGGCGCCGGCCCAGGCAAAGUCCUCGGGGAAGAUCAUCCAGGUCACAGCUGCCUCACGUCCUGCCACGGGGCCCCCUCAGAAGGCAGGGCCUGCAGCCACCCAGGGCAAGGCCGAAAAGUGCAAGGACGAGUCAGAGAGCAGUGAGGAGGAGUCAGACAGUGAAGAGGAGGCGCCUGCAGCCGUGGCUCCAGCCCAGGCAAAACCAGCUAUGAAAACACCCCAGACCCAGGCCCCUCCAAAGAAGGGCACCCCCGUUACCCCUGCACCUGCCAAGGUUCCCCCGGUGCGAGUGGGCACGCCAGCCCCUUGGAAGGCAGAAGCUGCAUCCUCUCCAGCCUGCGCCUCAUCCCCAGCUCUGGCCAGGGGCGCCCAGAGGCCCGAGGCCUCUUCAAGCAGUGAGGAGUCGGAGAGUGAGGAGGAGACCACUCCUGCCCCACCAGCAGGACAGGCAAAGUCUGCGGGUAAAAGCGUCCCGGUGAAAGCUGCCUCUGCACCCACCAAGGGGUCCUCGGGCCAAGGGGCUGUCCCAGUACCCGCUGGGAAGGCAGGGCCUGCAAUGGCCCCGGCUAAAGCUGAGGUGCAGGAAGAUUCAGAGAGCAGUGAGGAGGAAUCAGACAGUGAGGAGGUGACUGCAGCCCCAGCCCAGGUGAAGACCUCAGCGAAAACCCCACAGACCAAAGCCAACCCAGCUUCCACCAGAACAGCUUCAGCCAAAGGGGCAGCGUCUGCUCCCGGAAAAGUGGCCACUGCAGCAGCUCAAGCCAAACAGGAGUCCCCGGCCAAGGUAAAGCCAACAGCAAGAACCCCCCAGAGCAAUGCUGUCUCAGUGAGGGGCCAGGGGUCUGUGGCAGCUCUGGGGAAAGCAGUGGCCACGGCAGCCAAGGCCCAGCCGGGGCCAGUCGGGGGCCCACAGGAGGGCUCAGAGAGCAGCGAAGAGGAGUCAGACAGUGACGGGGGAGCCCCCGCUCAGGCGAAGCCCUCGGGGAAGACCCCCCAGGUCAGAACUGCCUCAGCCCCUGGCAAGGGGUUCGCCAGGAAAGGGGCUGCAGCAGUCUCCCCCGGGAAGUCAGGAGCUGUGGCCACCCAGGCCAGGAAGCCAGAGGAGGAGUCGGAGAGCAGCAGUGAGGAGGAGUCUGACAGUGAGGAGGAGGAGGCGGUGGUGGCACCAGCCCAGGUGAUUAAACCCCCUCUGAUUUUUGUCGACCCUAAUCGUAGUCCAGCUGGCCCAGCUGCUACCGCCACACAAGCCCCAGCUGCAAACACCCCGAGGAAGGCCCGGGCCUCGGAGAGCACAGCCAGGAGCUCCUCCUCUGAGAGCGAGGAUGAGGAUGUGAUCCCUGCUACGCAGUGCUCCAUUCCCGCCACUAGAACAAACGCAACCACGCUCGUGGCCCACCCAAGGCCCGCUGUCAGAGCCAGCAGCAGUGAGGCGUCCGGUCGGGUGUCGGAAGGCAAGAAACAGGAGGCACCGGUCGCUCAGGUGACAAAGAGGAACCCUGCUCACCUCCCGCUGACUCAGGCCGCCCUGAAGGUCCUUGCCCAGAAAGCCAGUGAGGCCCAGCCUCCUGCUGCCAGGACCCCGUCUUCAAGUGGGGUUGACGGUGCUCUGGGAACACUCCCUGUGAUGAGUCCCCAGAGAGCCCCUGUGCAGGCCAAAGUGACCAACAAGUUCAGGAAACCUGAGGUUCCUGUGGUCCAGCAGGCCACGGCCACCCCUGCAGGACACCCCAGAGCCAAGGCCUCUGAGACCUCCAACGACAGUGAGGACAGCAGCGGCAGCUCUUCAGGGAGUGAGGAGGAUGCUGAUGGGCCCCAGAUGGUCCCCUCGGCCCACAGACUGGUAGGUCCAGCCCCCUCCACAACGGAGACCUUGGUGGAGGAGACCACAGCAGAGUCCAGUGAAGACGAGGUGGUGGCACCCUCGCAGUCUCUCCUCUCAGGUUAUGUGACCCCUGGGCCAACUCUGGCCAAUUCCCAGGCUUCAAAGGCCACUCCCAGGACAGAUCUCGAACCCUCGGCUUCCUCUACUCCCGCCACCAAAGAUGCCCCAGACGGCAAGCAGGAAGUGGAGCCCCAACAAGUAGCAGGCACCAUAUCCCCUAAAACAGGUGAGUCAAGGGCCACAGGAAAGACACAACAGGCUGGUCCCACGCCUCAGAAGCCCCGGAAGCCCAAGAAGGAGGCUGGGAGCCCCCAAGCGUCCACGCUGGCGCUGCAGGGCGACAUCAGCCGGCGCCUCCUGAACGAGCCCUGGCCCCUGAACGAGGCCCAGCUCCAGGCCUCGGUGGUCAAGGUCCUGACGGAGCUGCUGGAGCAGGAAAGGAAGAAGGCCGCGGAUGCCGCCAAGGAGAGCAGCAGGAAGGCCCGGGGGGGCCGCAAGCGGAAGCUGUCGGGGGACCAGACGGCUGCCAGGGCCCCCAAGAGCAAGAAGAAGAAGCAGCCGGUGGCUGGGGGAAGCGGGGAGGGUGCAGUCUCGCCAGAAAAGGCCUCCGGGACUCCUAAGGGGAAAUCCAAGAGAGCCGGAGCAAGUGGUGACAUCAAGGAGAAGAAGGAAAAAGAGUCUCCUGGCUCUCAGGGGGCCAAGGAGAGGCCAGAAGGGGAGCCGGGGACGCUGAAGGUGGAGGGUGGAGACCAGGGCAACCCCAAGAGCAAGAAAGAGAAGAAGAAAUCCGACAAGAAAAAAAAAGACAAGGAAAAAAAGGAAAAGAAGAAGAAAGCAAAAAAGGCCUCAACCAAAGACCCUGACUCACCAUUCCAGAAGAAAAAGAAGAAAAAGAAGAAGACAGCGGAGCAGACUGUGUGA